CCAUUCAUUAUAUAUCUAUCACUUUGCAAGCCAUUCUCCCCUGGUUUUCUACCUAAAUUGCAAUUGCUUCCCUUUGGCUUUUUUAUUUCCUUCUUCAAGCAACAAGAGACCAUGGCUGUCUUCCUGGGACAAGCACUUGCCACUUCAAUUAUUCAGGUGGCACUUGAUAGACUGGCUUCUCAUGAGGUCAUAGACUACUGCAAGGGAAGGAAACUCAAUAAGAAAUUGCUACAAAACUUGGAGUUUGUGCUGUUAUCUGCUAAUUCAGUGCUCAUUGAUGCAGAGGAGAAGCAAUUUACAAACUCAGCUGUGAAAAAAUGGCUGGACGAGCUUAAAGAUGCUAUUUAUGUUGCAGAUGACCUUCUGGAUGAGAUUGCCACUGAAGCCUUACGAUCCAAGUCAGAAGCUAAACUCCAAACCCGCACUAAAAAGGUAUGGCGCUUUGUCUCUACUUUAUUUGACAAAAAGAUACAGUCAAAGCUAGAAAACGUUCUAGGUGUAUUACAAAUACUCAUAGAACAAAAGAAGGUCCAUAAUCUGAUAGAAGUUGCCGGUGGAGUACCACUACCACCACGACAAUUAACAACUUCUUGUCCUGAAGAAUAUGGUGUGUAUGGUAGAGAUAUUGAUAAGGAGGAGAUAUUUAAGAAGUUGCAAUUAGAUAAUGCAAAUGGUGAUGAGAUAUGUGUUGUUCCUAUAGUGGGCAUGGGUGGGGUUGGUAAAACAACCCUUGCUCGGCUUGUAUAUAAUGACAACCGAGUAAAGGAGAAUUUUGAUCUCAAAGCAUGGGUUUGUGUUUCAGACACAUUUGAUAGUUUUAGAAUAGCAAAAACUGUUCUUGAAGAGAUCACUUCGUCUAACUGUGACAUUCAUAGCUUGAAUUUGUUACAAAUUAGAAUAAGAGAGAGCUUAAAGGGAAAGAAGUUUCUCCUUGUUUUAGAUGAUGUUUGGAAUGAGGAAUAUAUUGCUUGGGAUAAGUUAGUUACAAUGCUUAGAUGUGGGGCAAAAGAGAUCAAAAUCAUUAUUACAACACGUAGUGAAAAUGUUGCGACAAUUGUGCAGCCUAUUUCAAUUCAUCAUCUAAUGCAAUUGUCUGAUGAAGAAUGCUGGUUGUUAUUUGCAAAGCAUGCAUUUAAGAAUGGAGAAUUGAAUUUAGAUAAAGAACUAGUUGGUAGAAAAAUUGUUUGUAAGUGUAAAGGUUUGCCUUUAGCUGCAAAAGCAGUUGGGGGUAUGUUGCAAUCUAAACAAGACCUAAGAGAGUGGAAUCAUAUUUUGGAGAGUGAUAUAUGGGAUCUACCAGAAGGUGAAAGUAGUAUCCUUCCAGCUCUAAGAUUGAGCUACAACUACCUCCCAUCACAUUUGAAACGAUGCUUUACUUAUUGUUCAAUCUUUCCAAAGGAUUAUGAAUUUUCAAAGGAGGAGUUAGUCUUGUUGUGGAUGGCAGAAGAUUUAUUGUUGAAACCCAAGGGAAAUGGAAGCAUGGAAGAAAUAGGUGAACAAUACUUUGAUGAGCUAAUAUCGAGAUCAUUUUUUCAACGAUCAAAUAAUGAUGAACUAUGUUUCAUAAUGCAUGACCUUUUUAAUGACUUAGCAAAAUUUAUAUCUGGAGAAUUUUGUUUUAGGUUGGAGAUUGAUAACUCACAUGAAAUUACAAAAAAGAUGCGUCAUUUGUCAUAUUUUCCAACUAAAUUUGUUGUCCCUAAGAAAUUUAAGGAGUCUUAUGAAGCUAAGAAUUUGCGAACAUUCUUGGGACUAAAAUCGCCAUCUACGUCAAAUUUCAGGAUUAAUUUUAUAUCAACAAUGGAGAUAAAUGAUUUGUUAUGCACAUUUAAAUGUUUACGAGUAUUAUCAUUGUCUCUCUACAUAUUAAUAAAUGUGUUGCCCGAUUCUGUUGGAAAUUUGAAACACCUUCGCUAUUUGAAUCUUAAUGGCACCUUUAUCAAAGGCUUGCCUGAUUCUGUGUGUGGUUUGUAUAAUUUGCAAACCUUGUUAUUGAGAAAUUGUUGUUCCCUCGUAGAGUUGCCAACAAACAUGGGAAGACUCGUAAACUUACGUCACCUAGAUAUAAGAGGGACCCCUUUGAAAGGGAUGCCAAUGCACAUGGGUAAAUUAAGAAGUCUUCAAAAUUUAAGUGCUCUUUGUGUGGGAAAAGAAAAACAUAGUGGGAGUAGCAUUAAAGAGUUAGGAGAGCUUCCACAUCUUUCUGGAUCAUUGUGUAUAUCAAACUUGGAAAACGUUUAUCAAACAAGAGAUGCAAAGGAGGUUAAUUUGAAGGAUAAGAAGGGCUUGUCAGAGUUGAAGUUGAAAUGGGGAAGCGGUCAUGAGAACUAUGAUUCAGGACAAGAAAGAGAAGUGCUUGAGCAGUUGUGUCCUCAUACGAACUUGAAAUCUCUCUCCAUCAUAUCUUAUUACGGUGCAGAAUAUCCAAGUUGGUUAGGAGCAUGUUCAUUCUCUAAUAUGGUGUCCCUAAAGCUUGACGAUUGUAGAUACUGUUCCUCCUUGCCUCCACUUGGGCAGCUACUUGCCCUUAAGGAACUCUCAAUUGAAGGUUUGGGCAGAGUAUCAUGUGUGGAUAGUGAGUUCUACGGGGAUGGCUGUUGGGCAACUAAUAAGCCAUUCAAAUCCCUAGAAAAAUUAACAUUUAAAUGGAUGCCAGAGUGGAAGGAAUGGUUUAUAUUUGAAGGCGGAGUUUUCCCAACCCUCCGAGAGCUUCGCAUUAUCGGAUGUCCCAAGCUUACGGGAAAUCUGCCCAGUUUACUUCCUUCUUUAAGUGUAAUUGAAAUUAGAUAUUGUCCCCAGCUUGUUGCUUCACUUCCUAGUCCUUCGGCUCUUCAUGAAUUGGCCUUGAUGAAUUGUCCAGAACUGGAAUCAUUUCCUGAAGGGGGUUUGCCCUCCAAUUUACAAAUGCUUGAAAUUGUGUCGCGCGAGAAACUCUUUCUCAGACGCAUGGAGUGGGGUUUACAGAGUCUUCACUCUCUCAGAGAAAUUAUAAUUCGGUAUUACGGCAGAGAAGUGGGUUCCUUUCCGGAGGAGGCGUUGUUGCCCACUUCUCUUAUCCGCCUCGACAUUUCAUUUCCACAUCUGACAUCACUCAAUGGCAAGGGAUUUCAACACCUUACCUUGCUUAAACAGUUGGAGAUUUUGAACUGCGAUAACCUCCAGCGCUUACCAGAAGAGGGCUUUCCCGCCUCCCUUUCUAUUCUAGAUAUUUAUAAGUGCCCUUUACUAAAAAAGCGGUAUCGGAGAAAGAAUGGAAAAGAAUGGCGCAAAAUUUCUCAUGUCCCCAUCAUAAGGAUUGACCGUCUAGAGAUGCUCUGUAGGUUUUCAGACACAAAAUGUGUGAAUGUUGAGGCCUCAGACAAUAGUAUACAAAACCAAAAUGAUGCCUCAUAG